AUGGUCCAGACUUUAGAUGUCAGAAUUGCCAUUUUGGUUUUGACAGCUUGGUUGACUCGUUUCGCAUUUCAGAGCCUAACAAACUGGAUUCGUCGCGUGUUUCGCACUACCGACCAAUUCGCCCAGUACUUCCAUCGUGACCUCGAUGGCGAGAGUAAAUUUGGUGAAUUGCAGGCCACCUUGAGAUGGAAGCAACGCCUUAUUAUUGCCAUCUUAACCACCAGUGCAGGUGCCGUAUCUUUAUCACGAGCGGUCAUCGUUUCGACAAGAGAGGAAUGGCUGCACUGUGGCAUCUCGCUUCUCUUACUUCCUGGAUGUAUUGUAUUGCUGGUGGAGCCACUCUGUACCUUACGCUACUCUCUGGCCUUCCAAUUGAGCAUUGGUUGCGUUUUGGGCUUGAUUUCCCUCGCAUUCGAGAUCUAUCUAUCAUAUCCAUCAUAUCCCUCGCAUUUGGACAGAACUCAAAGAAGUCUGUUGGGUGCAGAAUUUGGAUGUCAUUUAGCCACAGCGGUCCUUUGCUUGCUGCUCCCUCGCCGCCCCGAUGUGUACCACAAUGAAAUGAUGGUUGACCGCGAACUCUCCACCUCGAUUCUUAGUCGUGUUACAUUCAGUUGGGCAAGCAAGGUUCUACGCCUCACCCAUCAGGGGGACGAGCUCGAACCAUCUAGUCUUCCAGAGCUGGACCAUGACACCAGAGCACGCAGCCUCCAAGAAUCGUUUGCGGAGGCCAAAGGGGCAAUGGAAAUGACGACCAAAAGCUUAGCCGGCUGUACAACUCCUGCGCCGAUGUGGAAGGUUUUGGUGCGCUCUCAUCGUGCACAUCUUGUGUGGGCAGCAAUUCUUUGUUUCUUUCUGGCGCUGCUUUCUUUCACGCCGCACAUGGUGCUAUUGAAUAUCCUCCAAGCCUUGGAAUCUGACUCUCGCCAAACAGAAGGUCCUUUGCAGUUAGGGGCAUGGGAAUUCUUAUUAGGCUUGGCAAUUGUUUGCUCCUCUGGACUUGAGCAGUGGGUAAAUUGGAUUGCAUUCAACAAGGUCUCAAUACGAAUAAUUGAGCAGAUAUCCAUCAUGGCUUUCCACAAGGCAAUGCGCUUAACGGGGUCCAAGAGUCCUAAGACAAGCGAAAAUGAUACCGACGAUGACAAGGACUCCAGUGCUCAGAAUACGAUCAAUUUGGUUGCGGUUGAUGGCCAACGAAUCGCCCGGUUUGCGACCUACUCUUAUCAAUUGGUGCUUGCUCCCUUGAAGGUGAUCAUUGCCUCGGUCAUGUUGACAAACCUUCUUGGCUGGCAAAGCUUAGCGGCGGGCCUUGCAUGUAUCACUGUUAUAAUGCCAAUGGUCAUGCUUUGCAGUCGAAGAUACGGACUCUCGAGUAGAGACUUGAUGGCGUCGCGAGACAAGAAGAUGACCAUCCUCACCGAGGUACUCCACGGGAUCCGUCAGAUCAAAUUCUCUGGACUGGAAGGCAAGUGGGCAAAUAGAAUAAUUACCGCGAGAAAGGAAGAGCUUUCAGCUCAGCGCCGAAUUUUUGGCUGGAAUGCUGGCAUCAUGUCCUUCUAUCUACUUGGUCCGAUCGCGUUAUCUGUCGCUUCAUUAGGCGUCUACGCCGCAUUACACAAGGGGCUGACGGCUUCGGUCGCUUUCACUGCAACAUCGAUUAUGGCGUCAAUUACUAUAUCGCUGGGCGUAAUUCCUGAUCUACUCUCGAACAUGUUGGACGCUUUGAUUAGCACACGCCGCCUGGAUGACUAUUUUCGUGCACCUGAAAAGAUGCAAAAUCUUACCCCAUCCAACAAUAUUGGCUUCAGUAAUGCCACAAUUGCCUGGCCAAGGGCCUUGGAAUCUACUACAACUCUCUGGGCCCUGAAGGGUCUCGAUUUAGAGCUUCCACGUGGCAAAUUGAGUUUGAUUUCUGGACGGACAGGAUCAGGCAAAAGCCUUUUACUGGCCGCUAUCCUAGGUGAAUGUGAUAUCAUUACAGGCCAGGUAAAGGCUCCUAUUCAGCCAGAUCCCGAGAGUGUCUGGAGCUCAUACACAGCCAAUGGAGACUGGAUCUUAGAGUCUGCCACGGCGUACGUGGCUCAGAUGCCGUGGAUUGAAGCGGGAAAUAUCAAGCAGAACAUUCUUUUUGGACUUCCUUUCCAUGAAAAGCGAUAUAAGGAUGUGAUAUAUGCAUGUGCUUUAAAAAAGGACUUGCAGACUUUCCCCGAUGGCGAGCGAACCGAAGUCGGCCCCGACGGGGUCAACCUUAGUGGUGGACAAAAAGCCCGUGUUUCUCUUGCGAGGGCAUUGUAUUCUCGCGCGGGAAUUUUGUUGCUGGAUGAUAUUUUUAGCGCGGUUGAUGUCCAUACUGCGCAGCAUUUGUACAAGUACGCACUGACCGGGCCCUUGGCUGCCGGUCGAACUAGAAUUCUUACCACGCAUCAUGUCGGUAUCUGCUUGCCCCAGACUGAGUAUAUUGUCUACCUGGAAAAUGGUACGGUUGGCUUCACCGGUCUGGCCGCUCAACUACAUGAAAGCGGAUUGCUGAAUGACAUGUUAAAUUCUUCAAAGGCGCAUGAGAAGCCCAGUGGGAACGAAGAUGUGCUGUUGGAAGAUGUACCUUCGUGGCCCCUCGAGCAACAUGAUGAGCCCGAUCGACCCGUGACUGCACAGAGCGUCCCAGAAUUUGGCCAGGCAGCGCGAAUCUUCUUGAGAAAGGAGCGAGGCAGGACGAGUAAGUCCACUUCGCAGCUUUUUAUGCAAUAUGCAGGAGCAAGCGGCAAAUGGUGGUUAUGGGCCCUGGUGGUCAUUGGUAGUGCGGCGUAUAUGUCACUCAUCCUUGGAAAUAGCUGGUGGCUACGUACCUGGAGCAAUCAUGAUACCGAGACCGCCAUCAAAGCACCAAGCAUGGUAGGGAGUGAUUUGAAGUUCUAUUUGGGUAUCUACAUCGCUUUCGCCGUCUGCCAAUGGCUCGUAGGCUCGUUAGAAAACGUCCUCGUCUUCCUUCCCGCGCUCAGUGCAUCGGAACGUCUCUUCCAAACGUCUCUACGCGGCGUACUCAGCGCACCUCUCCAGUGGCUGGACACAGUCCCUAUGGGUCAGAUUCUGAAUCGCUUCUCAGCUGAUUUCAGCGUGGUCGACUCUCGAAUCUGUCUUGAUCUAGUCUUCAUACUGGCCGCCGGCUUGGAAUGCGGCAGUGUGAUUCUCGCGGGAGUCCUUGUCAACCCUCUGCUGAUUAUUGCAAUCAUUCCUCUGGUGGCGGCGUGUCUCUAUUUUACCCGCAAAUAUCUUGUUGCGGCGCGGGAGGUAAAGCGCAUGGAAAACAUCGCUCGCAGCCCCAUAUAUGAGAAAUUCAACACUUCGCUCAGCGGGCUCUGGACGAUCCGCGCGUAUGGAAAGCCGGACAUUUAUAUUGAGCAAAUGCAACAGCUUGUGGAUGGUCACGCUCGGGCAUACUGGCACCAGUGGCUGUUAACACGUUGGCUAGGAAUGAGAAUGAAUAUUAUUGGGGCAAUCUUCACCACAUGUGUUGCCGUUAUGGUUACGACUCGAAAUGGAGCAGAUGCAGCCGCGGCUGGAUUUGCGAUUGGGUUUACAAUCCAGCUAAAUGGCGCCAUGACUCAAUUAGUUCAGGUCUAUACUGGGUUAGAACUGGAUUUGAAUGCUGUCGACCGCGUAGCAGAAUACUCUGACGUGGAGCCGGAACUGUACGACGGAAUUGAUCCCCCCGCCGCGUGGCCAACAGACGGCCAGUUGGAGAUAACCGAUCUGGCCGUGAGGUACGCAUCUGACUUGCCGCCAGUGCUCAAUGGUCUUAACAUAUCCAUUGAAGGGAGCCAACGCGUCGGCAUCGUUGGCCGGACCGGGGCAGGCAAGUCGUCGCUGGCUCUGGCUCUCUUUCGAUUCUUAGAAGCCAGCCAGGGCCGCAUUCUCAUUGAUGGAAUCGACAUUUCCAAGGUUAAAUUGCCUCAUUUGCGUAGCAGGUUAGCCAUAAUUCCACAGAAUCCCGUCUUAUUCUCAGGAACUGUUCGAUCCAAUCUUGAUCCAUUCCAGGAGCACGAUGACAGUGAACUUCUCUCUGCCCUAACAGAGGUGCAGUACACAGGAUCUACUAAAAACACGUCAUCAGAACUCGAAACUCCCGUUUCCGAAGGAGGGUUGAAUCUGUCCCAAGGCCAGCGUCAGCUUCUUUGUCUCGCCCGUGCGGUUGUUUCCAAUCCAAAAAUUUUAAUGCUGGACGAGGCCACAUCUGCGGUCGAUCAUGCUACGGAUGAGCAGAUCCAGCAGGCAUUGCGGGCUAGAUUUGGACGUGGUUCUUCAACCCUCCUGGUUAUUGCCCACCGCCUGAGCACGAUUGCUGACUUUGAUCAAAUCUUGGUCUUGGAUCGUGGAACGGUAGUGGAAUUCGGGCACCCGCGAGACUUGAUAAAGAUUGAGAAUGGUGUCUUCCGGGCAAUGGUCGAGGACGAUGCAGAUAAAGAUCAGUUGAUCCGGGCCAUUUCAGGAUAA